GAUUUCACCACGAUGCUACACAUCUUUCUUUUACCAACAGAAGAUGUAGAAAUAAUUCCUGAUGAGAUGACCAAGUCCAUCGCUGAGGAGAUACACGAUGUUCUCUUGGGUGACGACAACACAAAGACGGAUGAUGUAUUUCCUAGCAAUGAUGCUCAAACCAAACAGCUUCCAUUUCCGUACCCGUUCACCUUAAAGCAUGUCGGGUACCUGUUCGACAAAUCAAGACACCAUUUCACGUCAACGUCCAAACCACCCAGAUCACGAGGUUCAUCCUCGACGUCCAGGUCGACAGUUGAAGACUGUAGCUCCAGCUCCCGGCCCGGGCUAGAUGACUCCAGCUGUCCGUCUGCCAAGAGUACCCCGACGCAUGUACCGGCCAAAAGGCAACAAGAAGCAAAACCGGAGGUUGAGAAAAAGAAACCAGGUGAUUGCUCAAGUCACUUGCAGGUUUUAUAACCACCUUGGGCUUCU